AUGUCAGCCGCCGACCAAGGUCACAUUCUGGUGCCUGACGAAGAAGAGGAUACAGCAUCGUCUACUCAAAGCGUAACAAGCUCCAUUCUCGACUACCGACGCGAAAACGGGAGGACGUAUCACCGCUACAAGGACGGAAAAUACAAUCUGCCUAAUGAUGACGCAGAAAAUGAGAGGCUAGACCUACAGCAUCAUUUGUUCCUUCUUACUUUCAACGACAAGCUCGGCCUUGCUCCACCAAACAACCCCGAAUCGAAGGUCGGCCGAGUUCUCGACUUGGGCACGGGCACGGGAAUCUGGGCGAUGGACUUUGCCGACGACCAUCCGGCAGCCAAGGUGAUCGGCAUUGAUCUCUCUGCUACUCAACCGACAUUUGUCCCCCCGAACGUUGAGUUUUACGUUGACGAUAUCGACGAGGAGUGGAAUUACUCGCAGCCCUUUGACUAUAUCCAUAGCAGGAUGAUGAACUUCAGCGUUAAGAGCUGGCCAGAUUACCUCACCCAUUGCUUUGAGAACCUCACCCCAGGCGGCUAUGUUGAGUUGCAGGAGAUAGGCAUCUCCGCCAAAUCUGACGAUGACACCCUCAAGGAUGACCACACGCUCUCCCAGUGGCUCAAGUACCUGCACGAAGCAUCCGUCAAACUGGGCCGAGAGUUUAAGGACCUUGACAACUUCAAAGACAUGAUGCGCGAUGCUGGGUUUGUCGACGUGGUCGAGACCCGUUUCAAGUGGCCGUCAAACGGCUGGCCGAGAGACAAGAGAGACAAGAUGCUCGGAAAAUGGAACAAUGAGAACAUGGCCACCGCUCUCGAGGCAGCCACAAUGGCACCGUUUACGAGGGCCCUUGGUUGGAGCAAGGAAGAGGUCACUGUCUUUCUCACCGAUGUGAGGAAGGACCUGAACAACCCGGCGAUUCACGCUUAUUGGCCAAUAUUUUCGGUAUAUGGAAAGCGGCCGGAGAAGUAACUCCAAAUCUUGGGCAGUCCAACGCCAUGGGUUUCCUGCGCAGAUUCCGAAAACGGACACAAAGGGGCAAAUACCAAAUAUUUGUGAAGUGGUGGUGUGGUGUUCUGAUAUAGAUCAGAUUAAGUCAGAGCAGCAUUGAGUUUCAUUUGAAUUUCCAGCCAAAUCCAUAAUUACUUCAGAUGAAGCCAUCUCUUUCUUCUUGAU